UUCUUAAAAAGCAUCCUUUUGCCUCUGUCUGGGUCUGUGGGGGCCAAAUAUACACCCCUAGGGCCAUUUAUUGGUGGGAUGACAAAUGCAUUUGGCCUGAGAAAUGGGAUUGGCUGGGCUCAGCCCUGUGGAGGACUCAGAGCUGCAGUUUUCUGUGUUCAGCUGGUCCACAGUUUGUUUUGAGAAAGCCCGAGGGACCCAGGGAGGUAGAGAUGAAGAGCCGGAACUCAUUUGAUAUCCGAAAACCACAGCCGCCUGCACGUGGGAGGUGUUGGAGGGCAGGCUUGCCCCACACGCCCUGCUCUCCCUGGGUCACCUGGGAGCACCAGCAGCAAUUUGGGAGUUUUCUGGGCUUGAGAAGAAGUCUUUGGAGAGGGCUUGCUCAGAGCACAGCCUGUUCCCUCCCCCUGGGCUGAGGGAAGCAUGGGACCAGCCCUGCCCCAGCCUGUCCUCAUUGGCUGGCAUGAGGCAGAGGGGGCUUUAAAAAGGCAACUGUGUCCGGGCUGGGGACCAGAGCCUGUGCUCCUGGAAGGCUGGGUGCCCUCCUACGGCUGGCACCAUGCAGCUCUCUCUCGCCCUGUGUCUCGUCUGCCUGCUGGUCCACGCAGCCUUCCACGUGGUGGAGGGCCAGGGGUGGCAGGCCUUCAAGAACGAUGCCACGGAAAUCAUCCCUGAGCUGGGCGAGUACCCCGAGCCUCCCCCAGAGCCGGAGAACAACAAGACCAUGAACCGGGCGGAGAACGGAGGGAGGCCUCCCCACCACCCCUUUGAGACCAAAGACGCGUCCGAGUACAGCUGCCGCGAGCUGCACUUCACCCGCUACGUGACCGACGGGCCGUGCCGCAGCGCCAAGCCGGUCACCGAGCUGGUGUGCUCGGGCCAGUGCGGCCCGGCGCGCCUGCUGCCCAACGCCAUCGGCCGCGGCAAGUGGUGGCGCCCGAGCGGGCCCGACUUCCGCUGCAUCCCCGACCGCUACCGCGCGCAGCGGGUGCAGCUGCAGUGCCCAGGCGGCGCGGCGCCGCGCGCGCGCAAGGUGCGCCUGGUGGCCUCGUGCAAGUGCAAGCGCCUCACCCGCUUCCACAACCAGUCCGAGCUCAAGGACUUCGGGCCCGAGGCCGCGCGGCCGCAGAAGGGUCGGAAGCCGCGGCCCGGCGCGCGGGGCGCCAAAGCCAACCAGGCCGAGCUGGAGAACGCCUAUUAGAGCCAGCCCGCCCGCCGCGCCUCCCCAGCCGGCGCCCCAGACCCAGGCGCCCCAGGUUCCUGCCCUCCGCGCGCGGUUUGAUUGUUUGUAUUUCCUUUUAAAUGCCUGCAACCCAGGGCAGGGGGCCGAGACCUUCCUGGCUUCGGCAGGAGGUAGCUAGGCCCUGCGGAUCCUGGGUGCCUGCAAAGCCCCCCUCUCCCCACCCGCUUAAGGGGUCCCGCAGGCCGGGGAGGGAGCUGAGAGUCACAGACACUGAGCCACGCAGCCCCGCCCACCGGGGCCGCCUACCUUGGCUGGUCCCACUUCGAAGGAGGCAGAAAGGGAAGCAUUUCACCGGGUUUUAAGGGAGUAGUGGGGAGUGAGAAAAGGCCGAGGACCGGUUAAGAAAGUUCCAUAAGAUUCCCCCUCUACUUCUCUGCCCGUCGUGAAGCCUUUAGUGCCGCGUUGUGCCAAGAACACAGGACUGGGGUCCGUAGACAGGGCUUCUAGUCCUAGCUCUGCCCCUAAAUUGCCGGG